UGUAAACUAAGCACGUGUUAUUACCAAGUAGUGGUAUUUGUCAGUUUUCGUGCGUUCCAGAAAUCUUAUAGUUAUUUGAAUUUAUUUAUAAAACUAAUUGUAAUGCCCAUCAUUAUGUCUUCAGAUGCUGAUUCUGAGGAAGAAUUAUUGGAAUUGUAUGCAUCUGGUAAAUUGAAACCUGGUUUAAAUAUACCCGUGGAAAAUGAUAAAGUGUUCAUCAAUAAUGUAGAUGGAUUGAAAGAAACUCUCAAUUCUUUUCAAAGUAGUUUACCAUGGUCUGAACGACUUGAUAUUGUAGCUGAAACAGCACCAAUGGCUCCUGAACUUUCAAUGGAGAUAACUGAACAACAACAGUUUCUUAAGGCUGGUAAAAUUGAUGAAGUAGCAUUAAAUGAUUUUAAACGGGAAACAAUGUUUCAUCGUCAAGCCCAAUCUGCUGUUAUGCGUGGUAUAGAAUUGUUAAUUAAGCAUAAUAUACCAACACAUCGACCGGAAGAUUAUUUUGCUGAAAUGUUUAAAUCUGAUGAACAUAUGCAAAAGGUACGUCAUUCACUUCUACAGAGAAAGACAGCUUUAGAACAAACAGAAAAAAUAAGACGUAUUCGACAAGAAAAGAAAUUAGCUAAAGAGAAACGUGUAGCAGCUGUACAAGAAAAGCAUAAACAGAAACGUGAACUGAAUGAAAAUAUUAAAAAGUUCAGAAAGGGUUUGAGAAAUGAUUUAGAUUUUUUGGAAACUGAUGGAGGAAAAAAAAAUAAGAAACAAGAUGGUGGCAAUAGUGAAAAGAAAAAGAAUCUUACAAGGUCACAGCAUAAAAGAAAAGGAAAAGAUGCAAAAUAUGGAUUUGGUGGUAAAAAAAGAGGAAUGAAAGAAAACACAAAGGAAAGUACAUUUGGUGGCAGUGGAAAGGCAUCCAAAGGAAAGAAUAAAGGAAGAAUUGCUAAAAAAAAGAGAAUGUCCGCUAAACAUUAAAUAAUUUAUUAUUGAA